AUGGGGAAGCUCGACGAAGGGACCCCAGAGUCCGCACCACUCACCCGUCAGCGGUCCGAAUCGCUGGCAUCGCAAACCUCAACCGACUCCGACUUAUCCAUCGCCUCCGCAGCGUUCAUGGAGGGCCACAAGGGAGGCAACACGACACCGAUGGACGGAGAAGGGGAGAGAUACCGGGAUAUAGAGGAUGGAGGGGAGAGAGGGCCAGAAGAGCCCCUUAUACCGAGUGGAAAGAAACCAAGCUCCUCCAACCGCCUGCGCCAGAUCCUUUGGGGGCUCGUCUUGCUCUGUGUCGGAGGCUGGGUACUAGCAUUCGUGCUGUUUUUGGCACAGAAGCGACCCGAGGCGGCAGUUUCGUCUACUCCCACGGCGGGCGACUCGUCCAAUACCGCGACAACAACCCACGAACCACUUGUCCUCUCCAAUAACGCUAGCCUAGGGAAUCCCGUGACCCUAGAUCAAGUCUUGAAGGGCGCCUGGCAGCCUCGAGCCCACGCAAUUUCUUGGAUUGCAGGCCCACAUGGCGAAGAUGGUCUUCUCGUGGAGAGAGGCGAAGAGCAGGAUGCGUAUCUGCGGGUGGAGGACAUCCGCAAUAGCAAGGACGGCGUCGACAACCUCGAGGCGAGGGUGUUGAUGAAGAAGAGUUAUAUAUCAUUCGAUGGUAAGAUUUACCACGCAACCAAGACCUGGCCGAGUCCGGAUAUGAAGAAGGUCUUGGUCAUGACUGAUGCUCAGUCCAAUUGGAGACACUCAUACUUUGGAAAGUAUUGGAUAUUUGAUGUGGCGACGCAAAAGACUGAGCCACUUGACCCUAGCAACCUGAGCGAUCGAGUUCAGUUGGCAGUUUGGUCGCCUACAUCUGAUGCUGUGAUUUUCGUUCGCGAACAGAACCUCUUCUUGCGGAAACUGGGUUCCUUGAAAGCCACCACUGUUACCAAGGAUGGUAGCGAAGAUCUCUUCUACGGUAUUCCAGAUUGGGUGUACGAGGAAGAGGUUUUCCAAGGCAACAAAGGCGUUUGGUGGUCUGAAGAUGGCAAAUUCGCCGCGUUCCUAAGAACAAACGAGUCUGCCGUCCCUGAAUACCCUGUCCAAUACUUCCUUUCUCGGCCGUCAGGCAAAGAGCCACCUCCAGGACUCGAGAAUUACCCCGAAGUCAGCCAGAUCAAAUACCCCAAGCCAGGAAGCCCAAAUCCAGUCGUCACCCUACAGUUUUACGAUGUCGAGAAAGAUGAGGUUUUCUCAUUUGACUUGCCAGAGGACUUUGACGAUGCCGAGCGAAUCAUCAUUGAGAUUGUUUGGGCAUCUGAAGGCAAGGUCUUGAUUCGAGAGACCAACCGAGAGAGCGACGUUGUCAAGAUCUUUGUCAUGGACACCAAGGCGAGAACCGGCAAACUUGUGCGAUCGGACGACGUCUCGUCUCUGGAUGGAGGCUGGGUCGAGCCUUCACAGUCCACCCGUGUCAUUCCUGCUGAUCCUAAGAAUGGCCGACCACAUGAUGGCUACAUUGAUACUAUUAUACAUGAAGGCUAUGAUCAUUUGGCUUAUUUCACACCCUUUGAUAAUCCCAACCCUGUCAUAUUGACCAAGGGCGAGUGGGAGGUGGUCAAGGCACCUUCGGCCGUGAACUUAGACAAGGGUCUCGUUUACUUUGUUGCGACCAAAGAGGCCCCAACCCAGCGUCAUGUAUACUCGGUCAAACUGGACGGAUCUGACCUUCGGCCUCUGACUGAUACAUCCGAGCCAGGAUACUUCGAUGUUUCGUUCUCCGACCGAGCCGGAUAUGGUUUGCUGAGCUACAAAGGCCCAGAAGUGCCUUGGCAGGCCGUUAUCAACACCCAUGGCGACGAAAUCGAUUUCGAAACUCUCAUUGAGGAGAACACUGAACUCGUCAAGAUGGCGAAGGACUUUGCUCUUCCAGUGGAGGUAUACACCAAUGUGACGGUUGAGAAUUACACCCUCCAAGUUGUUGAGCGCCGCCCUCCAAACUUCGACCCCGCCAAAAAGUACCCGGUACUUUUCUUCUUGUAUGGUGGACCGGGCUCCCAAACGGUUGACCGCAAGUUCCAGAUCGACUUCCAAUCAUAUGUCGCCUCAAGCCUGGGCUAUAUUGUCGUGACAGUAGACGGCCGAGGCACAGGGUUCAUUGGCAGAGAAGCCCGAUGCAUCAUCCGCGGCAACAUCGGUCACUAUGAAGCCCGCGAUCAGAUUGAAACUGCCAAAAUUUGGGCUAGCAAGGAUUACGUUGACGAAACCCGGAUGGCUAUCUGGGGCUGGAGCUAUGGAGGCUUCAUGACCCUCAAGGUGCUUGAACAAGAUGCGGGCGAGACAUUCCAAUACGGCAUGGCCGUAGCACCAGUAACAGAUUGGAGAUUCUAUGACUCUAUUUAUACAGAACGCUACAUGCACACCCCUGAGCAUAACCCCUCGGGAUAUGAUAAUUCAUCCAUCAGCGAUGUUGAGGCCCUGAGCCGCAACGUUAGAUUUUUGAUCAUGCACGGUGUUGCUGAUGAUAAUGUUCAUCUGCAAAACACCUUGGUGUUGAUUGACAAGCUGGACUUGGCUAAUAUUGACAACUACGACAUGCAGGUGUUCCCAGACUCUGACCAUUCUAUCUACUUCCACAACGCGCACACCAUUGUUUACGAACGCCUUUCGAGCUGGCUCAUCAAUGCGUUCAACGGGGAAUGGAGUCGCAUUGCGAACCCCCGACCAUCGCCCAUGUGA